CGCCGUACCGCUUUCGCUCGUGCGCCUCCACACUGGACUGCACACAGCACGCGUACAACUAUUUUUAAUUACAUCUAAAUAACGUUGAAAAUUGUGUACAUAUCCGUCGAAAGUGUUGAAUUAUUACCGUAAUUAUAUUUAAUUAUGUAUCAAUUUUUAAAUGAAUGUUGAAGAAUGUUAUAACAACAUCGAUUUCUCGUUAUUAACAUUAUAAAUAUUAAUCGAAUACGAUGAGUAGGAACAGCGAUGUCGAGGACGUAGUCAGUGUUGCGUUUGGUGAGCGUCCGAGGUGUACGGGACAGAGGUACUGAGAGGUGUUUAAUGGAUGUGGAAAACGCUGAGUGCUGGAGGUCGGGAGGCGACAGGAUGGUGGCUGAGGAGGGUAAGACGAGGGCGACGGACUUCUCCAUCGCGGCGAUCAUGGCCCGCAGCGCCGUGGAGCCGCGGAGCCCCGUCGCACGCUCUCCGCCACACACCGGCUCGGGCUCUCGGCAGAGUUCACCAACGUCGCUGAGCUCGCGCGCGUCGAGCUGCCGGUCCCCCAUUCCUGAUGAGGAUGUCGAGGUGGAUGUGGAGCAGUGCUCCGACGGGGAGCGAGACGCCUCCGAUCACGCUGCACCCUCGCCCGCGCCUUCCUCUGAACUGGGCGAGAGAGAUACGCCGUCGCCAGCGCGGCCGCUGCCACCGGCUACUUCAUGCAACUGUGAGGAGUUGCUCACAGUGGAUUGCCAACUGGAGACCAAGGAGCUCUGGGACAAGUUCCACGACCUCGGCACUGAGAUGAUCAUCACCAAAACUGGCAGGCGCAUGUUUCCAACGGUGCGCGUGUCGUUCGCGGGGUGCAGGCCGGAGGCGCGGUACGCAGUGCUGCUGGACGUGGUGCCGGUGGACGGCAAGCGCUACCGGUACGCGUACCACCGCUCCUCGUGGCUGGUGGCCGGCAAGGCCGACCCGCCCGCGCCCGCGCGUCUCUACCCGCACCCGGACUCGCCCUUCUCCGGCGACCAGCUCAGGAAGCAGGUCGUCUCCUUCGAGAAGGUCAAGCUCACCAACAACGAAAUGGAUAAGAACGGACAGAUCGUGUUGAACUCCAUGCACCGGUACCAGCCCAGGAUCCACCUUGUGAAGGUGCGUGAAGGUGGCGGUCCCAUCACCGAUUUGUCCCGGGAGCAGCACCGCACCUUUGUGUUCCCGGAGACGGUGUUCACAGCCGUCACCGCCUACCAAAACCAACUCAUCACCAAGCUGAAGAUAGACUCCAAUCCUUUCGCAAAAGGUUUUAGAGAUUCAUCGCGAUUAACAGAUUUUGAUAGAGACCCGAUGGAGCUGAUGCUGAUGGAACAACAGUUGCUGCGGUCGCCGCUCCGACUGUACGCCGGAGGCACUGGCACACCGGGAGCCGACGAGGAAGCCGAGAAGAGAGCUGUAUGGGCGAGAACACCACCAGCUCUGCAACUGCUGGCUCUGGGAGGACGCUCGUGGCCAGCAGCUUGGCCUCAACCUCUGGCAAUACCGCCGGAUCUGUGGCUGCAGAAGCCCCCCACCCCGUUGCGGUACUGUCCAUAUCCGCCGCCCGCGCACCCCGGCGCACCCCCGCCGCGGCCCGACCACUCCGCCUCGCCCAGGCAUCAACUCUGAACAUUUUAGAAGAAGGUUUCUUAUGUGCUGUGACAGUUAUUCAUAAUUAGAAGUGUGACGUAGGCGUUGUAUGUAAACGGACUUUUCUUAAAGUGAAUAUAUUAAUUGUACCUUAAUAGAAAAUAUUAUGUAACUGAAUAGAAUAAGAGGUUGUGUAAGUAUAAAAGGUAAUUUAAAUGGUUCCUAGCCCAAAAUAUAAAUUUAAUUGUAAUGUAGAUCGAAGUAAUUUUAAAACAAUAGUUACCUGCACAAUCCAUGUAGAUAUUCUAUGUUUCGAUGAUCUUGUAAAUGAUUGUGGCCAAUACUUUCUGUAAUAAUUAUGUCAGAAAACAAGUAGAUAGAUGGUGGUAAAACUGCAUUUUAAUUAGUAUUGAGUAUCAUACCAAAGAACCUUAAUUUGAGUUGCUCUUGUUUUAAGAAAAAUCAUUUUUUAUACUUUGAACUUGGGAGAAAAUAUUGUCAAUUCAAUUGCUUGUAUUGGAAAGAAAAAAAUGUGUUUUUUAUUUUAACCUUUUUAAAAAAUAUUAUUUUUGAUCUAUAAAAAAUACGCCACAUGAAUCGGUAAUUGCAUAUUUUAUAGUUACUUAUUUUAAGUAUUUAAUAACGAGACUAACUCUACAACAUUCCAUUACAAAUAAUUUCUUCCCUUUCGAUGACUUAACAUUUAGAACACACCAAAUAGAACCUAAUAAGUAAUUAACAUUAGUAGAAACGAGUUUAUAUUACUGUAAAAUGUCAAACUUAGAAACAUUAGAUAUGUCGAAGUUUCCUAUAUUCCUGUGGAUUUCAAAUCAGUGAUAACAAUAAAUGAUAUUACAUAUAAGUAUUGUAUCGUGUGUAUAUUAUGGUUUAAGUAAUUUAUAUUCCAUAUUGUAAGUUAUAUGUAUGUUUUGUAUAGCGGUCAAGUAAAUUAUUUUUGUAGGGUAAGCACUGUACAUACCAACACGUAGAUGUUUAUAUAAGAUUUGGUGUCGAGAAUUGUCAUAUUAUCACGCGGUUUUGCUCACACUGUAAUUGUAAAUCUAUGUGAAUAUAAAUAGGUCUGGGGUUGAUUUAAACAAUAUGAAUAUCCUGUAAACAGUGUUAGCAUCCUCAAUUAUAUGUAUGAAAUUGUAAUGAUAUUUGAUUUUCAUCUUUCUGAUAAAAAUCGGUCUAAAGUUUGCUAUUUUACCUAUAUGUUUUUUUUUAUUGCCACGUAGAUUAUUGUUUCAUGUUCUAGUUGAUAUUAAAUCCAAUAUUUUUCUCGUUGUAUUAUAAUAUUUUCUUUUCUUAUGUAUUCAUACAAUUAAUAUUAUUGAUACCGCUUGUAUGUAGUUAUUACGUUGCGGAGUUAUGAUAUUAAACAAAGACAAUGUGAUGUAUAUUGUUUUUAAGAAAUAAAAUUCAUACAUUAUAUUCGAAAAAAGAAUUCCUGUACUCGUAAAUAAUUUACCCAUUCUGUACUGUAAAAAUAUAACUUAUUUUAACAAUUACUUACUUCAAUCAACCUUCAAAUGAAGGCAGAAAGAAUUUACCAAUACAUAAAAAACAUAUGGAAUACUGUUACUUUAAAUCAUCAAAAUACCAAGCCUGUGAUAAGAUUAGGUACGCAAUAUAGUCUAAAUUUUAGUUCUAUCAAAUGUGAGCAUUACGCGAACUUAGACACAUAUCAGGGUUAAAAGCCCUAAGAUCGAGGGGGAGCGGCACGGUGCGGUAGCUAACCUUAUACUCAUUGGUGAUAUUAAGGUCAAGGUCAUUUAAAUCAAUAAUUCAUUUAACCUUAGAAUGCAACGUCGCACCGCCCCGGUCAUGUAUCUUCGCAGUUAAUAAACCGAAUCAAGCAA